CUUCCGCCACACGCAGGGACGCAUCUUCCGGCUCAGGCGCUCGGCGCCGAGGUGCGCGGUUCAGGCGUUCGGAAGUUCCCGGAAGUGGCCGAGCUGUAGGUUUCCGGUGCGGGUCGGGAAGGAUGGCGGAGGCCGCCACGUUCCCGGGUCUGGCACGGAUGCUUGCUCUGUCAAGGCGCCACCUAGUGUCUCCUUUGCUCAGCACACCAUCCAACCGUUUCUACAGAGGUGAUAGCCCAACAGACUCCCAAAAAGACAUGAUUGAAAUCCCUUUGCCUCCAUGGCAGGAGCGAACCGAUGAAUCCAUAGAAACCAAAAGAGCCCGGCUGCUCUACGAGAGCAGAAAGAGGGGAAUGUUGGAAAACUGUAUACUCCUUAGCCUCUUUGCUAAAGAGUAUCUGCACCACAUGACUGAGAAACAGCUGAACCUCUAUGAUCGCCUGAUUAAUGAGCCCAGUAAUGACUGGGAUAUUUACUACUGGGCCACAGAAGCAAAACCAGCCCCAGAAAUAUUUGAAAACGAAGUCAUGGCACUGCUGAGAGACUUUGCUAAAAACAAAAACAAAGAGCAGAGACUGCGUGCCCCAGAUCUGGAAUACCUCUUUGAAAAGCCACAUUGAGGGCAGCCUGGGUGGCUCAGCGGUUUAGUGCCGCCUUCAGCCCAGGGCGUGAUCCUGGAGACCCAGGAUCGAGUCCCACGUCGGGCUCCCUGCAAAUAAAAUCUUUAAAAAAAAAAAAAAAAAAGAAAAGCCACUUUGAGCUGUGUACCACUGCCUGCCAUGGGGGCUCAGUCCCUGGACUCUAGGGUAGACACACUGGCCUUGACCUCCUGCUUCUCCUUAGAAACUCAGUCCACCCAGACCAUUUGUCUUAUCUCAAGUGAUGGACCCAUCUCGUAGGACGUGUCAAUGUUAAGUGUGACUCAUUCAAACACUUAUUUUGCUCAGUUUUAAUCCUCAAAAGGGGUUGCUGGGGUUGCCACCACUCUGGCCUAUUCCCUGGCUCCUCGCUCUGGAGGCAGGCCUCUGCCACAGGAGGGCACUGUUGGGGAAGCGAUUGUGCUGGCUCAUUGCUUUAGCCAGUAGCAUAUGCCUGGUGAAAGGACGCAGCCACAGCUGCUGGUGCUGUGUGUUGAGCUUCCCUGAGCAGCCCAGGGCUUUGUUCAAGUGAAAUCUCCCCGACCACCUUCCAACCUGUAUGGUUCUUCCUGCCAAGGGAGGUGGACCCAAGCCCCCUGAGCCAAAUCUUUUAGAGGCACAGCAGGCAGAACGAGGGCAGCCAGCAGGAAUGUGUGGGUAUGCUGCUGACGAAGUCCACAUCCUCAUCAUCAGAUUUUCUCCAAAACAUUCACUGUAAACUGAAGAUAAUUAAAUAUUAAAGAAUAUUUUACAAAGGAAAA